UAUACUUUUAGGUUAUAUAUCAACAUAUAUCAAUGUGCAGAAAAUUCUAAGAAAAACGAUAAAGAAUUUUUGCUUCGUCGUGUUUCUUUGAAAUAAAAUGGUAGACUCUGUAUCAUAUAAAAAUAACAUAUGCGUGGUAUGUGAAUGUGAAACUGACAGAUAUAAAUGCACUACAUGCAAGGCUAAAUACUGUAGUUUAACAUGCUAUAAAAAACAUAAGGAGUUUCCUUGUGUACCAGAAAAAGAAGUAAAUGACUCAUCUGGCCACGAUAACAAAAGUAAAGCAAUUGAUGAUUAUUUAUUUCCGACAGAAGACACAGUACCUCGACACACAUUAAAGCUGCUUGACUCCGACAAAACAAUUAAAUCUCUAUUAACAAAUCACCAUUUACGAAAUUUACUUGUAUCUAUAAAGAAUUCAGAAAAACCAGCAAAAGCUAUUAGUGACGCAAUGUUAAUACCUUUAUUUGUUGAGUUUAGUGAUGCUUGCCUUAAAGUUGUUGAACCUGAACCUAUUGAAGGAGUAGAUGCAGAGUAAAUAUUACGUUGUGUG